AUGAAAACAAAUGCAAAUGAAAACUCCGUAAAGAAAGCAGGCGAUUACAAAUUCUAUUUCUCAGAAAUAAUCAAGAACAAUGCCUCUUGUAAUACUUUUGGUACAGUAUGUUCAUUUUCUUUCGUUCAGCCAUAUAGUAGUUGUAAGUCCUCCCUGCAAAUCGCGGCCUCUGAAACUCAAGCUUACUUUUUGUCUUUUAUCAGUCUCAAUAUGUCCGUACCAGAAGGAUUUACAAAAGUCACUGAAGAUCUGCACAGAUCCAGUGAAGUUAUAAACUCUAACCCAUACGGCCCUAACCCUGCUGAUUUCUUGUCCAAUGUUUCGUCUUUCCAGUUGAUCGAAUCAACCUUAAGAGAAGGUGAGCAAUUUGCCAACGCUUUCUUUUCUACGGAAAAGAAGAUUGAGAUUGCGAAGGCGUUGGAUGAUUUCGGCGUUGACUACAUUGAGUUGACUUCUCCUGUAGCUUCUGAACAGUCUAGAAAGGACUGCGAAGCUAUUUGUAAGUUGGGGUUGAAAGCUAAGAUUUUGACUCACAUUAGAUGUCAUAUGGAUGACGCUAAGGUUGCUGUCGAGACCGGUGUAGACGGUGUUGACGUGGUUAUUGGAACGUCACAGUUUUUGAGACAAUACUCCCACGGCAAAGACAUGUCUUACAUUGCCCAAUCGGCUAUCGAGGUUAUCGAGUUUGUCAAGUCCAAGGGCAUUGAAAUCCGGUUUUCAUCUGAAGACUCUUUCAGAUCAGAUUUGGUUGAUUUGUUGAACAUCUACAAGACAGUGGACAAAAUUGGCGUCAACAGAGUUGGUAUCGCUGAUACCGUUGGUUGUGCUAACCCUAGACAAGUUUAUGAGUUGGUAAGAACAUUAAAGUCUGUGGUUUCGUGUGACAUAGAGUGUCACUUCCACAACGAUACUGGAUGUGCCAUUGCGAAUGCCUACACAGCCUUGGAGGGUGGUGCCAAAUUGAUUGAUGUCUCAGUUUUAGGUAUUGGGGAAAGAAACGGUAUCACACCCCUUGGUGGUUUAAUGGCGAGGAUGAUUGCCGCAGACAGAGACUACAUUUUGUCCAAGUACAAGUUGCACAAGUUGAGAGACUUGGAGAAUUUGGUUGCAGAGGCUGUUCAGGUCAACAUUCCUUUCAACAACCCAAUCACAGGAUUCUGUGCUUUUACACACAAGGCUGGUAUCCACGCAAAAGCCAUCUUGGCCAAUCCAUCGACUUAUGAAAUUUUGAGCCCUUCGGACUUUGGCUUGACGAGAUACAUUCACUUUGCUAACAGGUUGACUGGGUGGAAUGCAAUCAAGUCUCGUGUUGACCAAUUAAACUUGCAUUUGACCGAUGACCAGUGCAAGGAGGUUACCAAUAAAAUCAAAAAAUUGGGCGAUGUUAGACAAUUGAACAUUGAUGAUGUCGAUUCCAUCAUCAAGGACUUCCAUGCUGACGUCUCGGCUCCAAGCUCCUCAGGCACCCUUCUUGAAGAAAAUGCAAAGAGACAAAGAAUAUAG